GUCGGGAUUAUUUACCGUUUAGUGAUCCCGCAGCAAGCAGCGACAACAUGGCAUCGUUGCUGCGCUCGGGGAGUGUUAGCAGCAUUUUUAGCGGUCUGAAACGUGUCCUAACGACGCGGGGACCUCGAUACGAUUCCCUCACCCUGCACAGUGGCCAGGGCCAGCCGUUGUGUCCAACUCUUGCCAGAUUGCUAUCAGCCCAGAGGCCAGUUGAAAAUGUGUCUACUACAUCACAAGCAUCACAGGGCAUAGAUCGUGCCCUCUACCGCAUUGACACAGACAUCAGGCGCACAGGUCGCAUUUAUCUGAGGGACGUGGAGGACAUCUUUAGUGAGAUUAAGACUCUAAAACAUGCCUCCAGCACGCAGUCUUUGUUGCUGUUGCGUUGUUGUGGAAGUCUGGUACCUGAGGAGCACCCAGAAGUGCGGAACAAGCUGGUGCAAGACAUCUGGAACACCCUGCAGGAGCUGGGGGUACCGCUGGACAUCAGCCACUACAACACGUUGCUGCGCGUGUACCUUGAGAACAGCCACAAGUUUUCCCCUACAGAGUUCCUGGCACAGCUGGAGAAGAAUGGCGUAGAGCCAAACAGGGUGACCUACCAGCGACUUAUUUCAAGAUACUGUCAGGAAGGGGACAUUGAGGGAGCUACUAAGAUCUUGGAGUUCAUGAAGGAGAAGCAGCUGCCAGUAGGAGAGAAUAUCUUCAAUGCUCUCAUCACUGGGCAUGCCAGAGCAAAUGACCUGGAAAGUGCCUGGGCUGUACUGGAUGUGAUGCACAGCUCUGGCUUGGAACCCACCACUGAUUCCUAUGCUGCUCUGCUGAUAGCCCAUGCAGAGGCUGGGGAUGCUGAGGGACUUAGCCGUACCUUGAGAGAGUGUGAGGCAGCCGAGUUGACCAUGCAUGACCAUGACCUGCUGGAGGCUGUGUAUUCCUUGGCCACACAUGGCCACCAUGUCCUUGUGGCACAGGUGAUGGACAAGCUACACCGCCAGCCAGGCUAUGCCCAAGAUGCCAUGAAUGUCAUCUACCGCCUGGUCAAUGCUGGAUGUCAUGAGACUGCUCACCAAAUAUUUUCUACCAUGCGGGUGCCUUAUGCUGGUGAGGGCCAGCCUCAGGCCCCCACUGCUGGUGCAUUCUUCAUCAAGCACCUGGUCAAGAGUGGCACCACGCCAAUGAUAAAGGUGGUUGAGUACUGCCAAGAUUUGAAGGAGAAGGGACUCAAUCCGCUGGCUUUGGAACAGGCCCUUAACUCUGCCUUGACCAAUGGCCGGCCUGAGGAGGCUUUGUUUUUGAUGCGAGUGAUGAAGGAAGAGGGGUGCUCCCUGCGGCCCCACUAUUUCUGGCCCAUCUUCCUUCACCACGGCAAGAGUGGUGAUGCUCAGAAGUUGUAUGAUACAGCAAAACACAUGUUGUCAUUCGGCAUUCCUGUUACCAUUGAAACUUUACGACACUACAUCCUGCCUGCACUGGCAGCACAGGGCCUGCUGGAUACCAAUGGCACCAUUGGCGGCUUGAAGGAGGCCGGUGUGCCUGUGCCUUUCACUGUCAGUGGAAUAGUGGCCUUCCUGCUGGAUACCCAAGAGCCUGUGGAGGCAGCCACUCUUUUGUCAAGGUACCGUGUUCGUGUUAGGUCUGUGCUCCGUAGGGACCUGGCGGACAGUUACAUGAAAUCUGGCCAGACUGCUGCUAUAGUAACCAUCUUGGGCCAGAUGCUGAACCAUUCUCAGGAUUCAGCUAAUGCAGAUAGAGAUGACAGGGAAGCCCAGAAAGUAACAGAUGAAGAUGGGGAAAAUAUUCCCAGAGAAGAAGGGCAGCAGGACAUAGCAGCCCUGUUCCUCCUGGAUGUUGCAAUCCAGUGUCAGAGGAAUAAGAGGUCAGAGAAGCUCUUGGCUCUUCUGCAGGAGAUGGAGCAGCGUGGAAUUGGCAUUAGUAUGGAGGGAGGAGAUGCUGUGAGGAAGCGUCUUGACCCCAGUGUUGAUGCAGCUAUCCUGGAAGCCUUGGAUAAAGUGUGCUCAGGGAACCUCACCUUCCAGCCUCUGCCUAGGGAGCCUCAGGAACCCUAUAGCCAGCGCAGUGCCAGGGAGCUGGAGCAGCGGUUGCAGGAGCUACAAAACAAGAAUCUUCCCACACAUGUUGUUCAGACUGCACUGCUAGUGGCCUACAUCAGAGGAAAAGAAGUAGAGAAUGCAGAAACUCUCAGGAAGAAAAUGGAAGCUGAGAAUAUCCCUCUGGGCACAGGCGUAUAUGUACUUCUGGUAGACAUGUAUGUAGGAGCAGGUGAGCUGGAGAAAGCCUUGACAAACCUGGAGGAGCUGAUGGCACGAGAGCCAGACGUCAAGCUCAACCAUUACAAGUACCUGCGGCUUGCACUCCUCAUGGCACAGCAGGGGAGGGCUCAAGAUGUGGUAAAGCUGGUGCAACAUCAUGUGGAGCAAGAAAGCAGUAGUGGGGAAGAUGACACUGUGUUGGCUAACCAGGCAAGACGUUUGUUGGAGUACAUGACUGAACACUCUGCCUUGCAGUCUGCUCGCCAAGUGCUGGACCUCCUCCUUGCCCACAAAGUGGUGACACCCUCAACGCUUCUCUUCAAUCCUUUCGUCAAGGCUCACCUCACAAAUGAUGACCUUGAGUCUGCCCUGGGGGAGUUUGAGUCCAUCUGCCAGACACAUCGCCUCACUCCCUUGAAGCAGGAGCUUACCACACGCUGCAUCAACCUGGAGGACGGGGAAAGGCUUCAGAAGAUCAUGGAUCUCAGUAUACAAGUGCAUGGAGAGCUCAAUAGUCUUUAUGACAUGGUGUUUGCCUUUGUGGAGUGUGGCAAGGUGCAUCAGGCACGGAAGCUGGUUGAGACACCAGGACUUCGUGCAUUCAAUGGCAAGCUGGACCAAAAGUGCAAGUGGCUGAGGGACAUGGGCAAGAUAGAAGAGUUGGCCAAUCUAGUGUCCGUGACCAAGGACAUCUUUGAUAUUGACCGGGACAUGAUGUAUUCCAACCUUCUCAAGGCUUAUAUGAAGAAAAAUGACCCAGAUAAGGCUCUUGGAGUGUGGACCAACAUGCAGGAAGACAACUACCAACCCUCAGACAACUUCCUUAUUGAGCUAGGCCAGUUCCUGCAGGCCAGUGGUCGAAAGGUACCUUUUGCCAUACCCCAGCAGGAAGCUGCACCCAAGAGUGAGGCCACACCUAAAAGUGAAGCCAUACCCCAGAAAGAAGCCACACCUCAGCCAGCCAUCAGUGUGUCAGAGUCCACACCUCUUGAACAGUUUCGACAAGCUCUAAAGAAGAAUGAUUGGACUGCUGCUCUGGAUCUCAAAAAACAGGUAGAAGAGUCUGGGGGCCAUCUGACUAUUACAGCAUGCUCAGACCUGGUGGAGGGGCUGAUCAAAGCAGGCAAGCUGAAUGAGGCAACAAACACCGUGUUGGCAAUGGUGUCGGCAGAUACUCACCCAAAUCCACGAGUUUUCAAGUUUCUUUUGUUAACAUUGGCGGGGACAGGCCAAGUGGAACCCAUCCAAGCCCUGGAGCGGUACAUCACUGACCACAGUUUGAAGCGGCGCCUCAACUACGACAACUUGCUAUGCACAGCCUACAUUACUGCUGGCCGGAGUGAGGAGGUGCUGGAUGACCUGCUCAAGACCGUGAAGGACGUUCCAGACACAAAGCUUGAGGAAUUAGCACAAAACUUUCCCAGAGGUGGAAUCUUGGGCAUUUUGGAGAAGCACCCAAACCACUUAACACAAGUUUUGGAAAUAGCUGAGCUGUAUGCAGCACGUGGAAUAACAAGUCCAGCAAACUGUGUGUGGAUGCAUCUUUUCUCCACAGGUCAGCAUGAUCAGGCUAACGAGAUUUACCAGAAGCAUCUGAAGACCUCUACUUCCCUGUUCAUGUUUCGGAACAUUAUGAAUCACGCUGAGAAGGCUGGUGAUGCUGGUCUGCUUGCUUCCCUCAUGAAAGUGCUUGAGAACCACCCAGGCUUAUCAAACCAGGCAAAAGGCCUGGUCUACAACUCCUGGAUUGGCAUUCUAUGUAACAGAAGCCAAUUUGAGGAAGGUCAGCAGGUGUUGGACUCAGCCUUGCAGACUCUCCACUUGUCAGAUUUGAGCACAAGAGUUCUUACCCGCCUAAAGGAGGGCAUAGAGGAGGCUGGAAAGAAGUUCCCAUACACCAUUUCCAUAAAGGAGAGUGGACCACUGAGACAAGCAGCUGCCAGCAGCAGCAGCAGCAGCAGUAGUGACAGUGAUUAAAUUAUGAAAGAGACAUUGUUGUGCUGUGCUCGUAUUUUUGUUAUACCUCUACCCUUUAUAUUGUAAAAUUAUCUUGUGUGGCACACUGUGUGUGCAUUCAGAAAUCUGCUCACUGAUGGUAGUUUUGAUGAAUAUUGUCUCAGUGUACAAGCUGAUAAAAAGCAUGUUUGUAAAUAAUUUCAGCUCUUGAAAAGCCCUUAUCAUAAAUGCAAAGACAAAAUACUUCAUUCAGACUAAAUAAAAUAUCAUAACUAGUCAUCUCCUUUUUUUACUUUAUUUAUUUAUUUAUUUAUUUAUUUUUUCAUUUAUUUUCUUGACAGUGGAACAGAUAUACACAUUGAAUUUUAGCUGAGAAUUACAGUGGCAGGUGUAUAAUUCUGAAGAAUUGUUGUCUAUCACAAUUGUUUUCUAAUGAUGCAGUGCCACCAUGUAUAUGUAUAUAAGUUUACUUUAAAAUAUUAAAAAUAAAAGAAUAGUUUUA